UCCGGUUGCCGGGGCUGAGUCGGAAGUGUUGAAAGCCCUUGGCCUCGGAGAGUUCCCGGUGCUGCCGCCGCUGGCACCCUCAGGCCCCGCCCCUCCCCCAGGUCUGGAUGGAGUCUGCUUUAAAGUGAAAUGACAGACCAGGACAAUAACAACAACAUCUCCAGUAACCCUUUUGCUGCUCUCUUCAGUUCCCUGGCCGAUGCCAAGCACUUUGCAGCGAUCCAGAAGGAACAGCUGAAGCAGCAAUCUGAGAAAUAUAUGUUUACAAGAUCAAAUUUUCUGGCAGAUGAACCCUCCGCUAGCCCUGACGACUCAGAUAACAGUGUGUCGGAAAGUCUGGAUGACUGUGACUAUUCUGUCUCUGAGAUUAGCCGAUCAUUCCGUUCCCAGCAGGAGAUAUGUGAGCAGCUCAACAUCAAUCACAUGAUCCAAAGGAUUUUCCUCAUCACCCUGGACAACAGUGACCCAAGCAUGAAAGGUGGUAAUGGGAUCCCCAGCCGCUGUGUGUAUUUGGAGGAACUGGCAGGAGACUUGGACGAACAAGACUGGCUUGAUAUGAACAACAUUGAGCAGGCCCUCUUUACCCGAUUGCUGCUUCAGGAUCCAAGCAACCACUUGAUUAACAUGACCUGCUCCACAACAUUAAACCUCUCUGCAGAUCGAGAUGCAGGGGAGAAGCACAUUCUUUGCUACCUGUAUUCCUGUUUCCUAAGAGCAAAAGAGGAGAUUACCAAAGUACCAGAAAACCUGCUGCCCUUUGCUGUGAGGUGUAGGAACCUAACUGUGUCUAAUACCCGGACCGUCCUCCUCACCCCAGAGAUUUAUGUUGACCAGAAUGUCUACGAUCAGCUGGUAGACCUCUUGUUGGAAGCAAUUCGAGGGGCCCAUUUUGAAGAUGUAACUGAGUUCCUUGAAGAGGUCAUUGAAGCCUUGACAGUGGAUCAGGAAGUUCGGACAUUUCAAGAAGUUAUGGUUCCAGUAUUUGACAUUUUGUUGAGCAGAAUAAAAGACUUGGAUCUCUGUCAAAUCUUGCUAUACACAUAUCUAGAUAUGCUUCUGUAUUUCACAAGGCAGAAGGAUAUUGCGAAAGUUUUUGUACAGUACAUUCAACCCAAGGACCCCAGCAAUGGACAGAUGUACCAGAAGACUUUACUGGGAGUAAUUCUGAGUAUCUCCUGCUUGUUAAAGACUCCAGGGGUAGUGGAGAAUCACAGCUACUUCUUGAAUCCAUCCCGAUCCAGUCCCCAGGAGAUCAAAGUGCAGGAGGCCAACAUCCAUCAGUUCAUGGCUCAGUUCCACGAAAAGAUUUACCAGAUGCUGAAGAACUUGCUCCAGCUCUCUCCAGACACCAAGCAUUGGAUCUUGUCCUGGCUUGGAAAUUGCCUAUAUGCCAACACAGGCCGCACCAAGAUCUGGGCCAAUCAGAUGCCAGAAAUCUUCUUCCAGAUGUAUGCCUCAGAUGCCUUCUUCCUGAAUCUGGGUGCUGCCCUCCUGAAGCUAUGCCAGCCAUUUUGCAAACCUAAAUCCCCUAGGCUGCUAACCUUUAACCCUACCUACUGUGCCCUCAAAGAGUUGAAUGAUGAAGAGAGAAGGAUAAAGAAUGUGCAUAUGAAAGGUUUGGAUAAAGAGACCUGUUUGAUCCCUAAAGAGAGUGACCAGGAGAUGCAGUUUGCCCAAAACUAUAACCUGGUAACAGAGAACCUGGUUCUGACACAGUACACCUUACACGUGGGAUUUCACAGGUUGCAUGACCAGAUGGUAAAGAUCAACCAGAGCUUGCACCGGCUGCAGGUUGCCUGGCGUGAGGCUCAACAAAGCGCCAGCCCCACCGCGGACAGCCUUCGAGAGCAGUUUGAGCGCCUGAUGACAAUCUAUCUCUCCACCAAGACUGCCAUGACUGAGCCGCAGAUGCUACAAAACUGCCUCAAUUUGCAGGUGUCCAUGGCUGUUCUUCUGGUUCAGCUAGCCAUUGGCAACCAAGGCACAGAGCCAGUAGAGCUGACCUUCCCUUUGUCAGAUCAGUACAGCUCUUUGGCUUAUGUGCCAGAAUUUUUUGCGGAUAACCUGGGAGAUUUUCUUAUUUUCCUACGGCGCUUUGCUGACGACAUCCUGGAGACAUCAGCUGAUUCACUGGAGCAAGUUCUUCAUUUUGUCACUAUUUUCACUGGGAGUGUAGAGAGAAUGAAAAACCCCCACCUGAGGGCCAAACUGGCAGAGGUGCUGGAGGCAGUCAUGCCACACCUGGACCAAGCCCCAAAUCCCCUGGUGUCCAGCGUGUUCCACCGUAAGCGUGUGUUCUGCAGCUAUCCCUACGCAGCCCAGCUUGCUGAGGCACUCAUCAAAGUCUUUGUAGACAUCGAGUUUACAGGAGACCCCCAUCAGUUUGAGCAAAAGUUUAACUACCGCCGCCCCAUGUAUCCUAUCUUAAAGUACAUGUGGGAAACAGACACCUACAGAGAAAGCAUAAAGGCUCUAGCUGAUUAUGCCUCUGAAAAUUUGGAGGCCAUGAAUCCUCCUCUCUUUCUCCGCUUCCUUAACCUGCUGAUGAAUGAUGCUAUCUUCCUACUGGAUGAAGCCAUACAGUACUUGAGCAAGAUAAAGAUUCAGCAGAUUGAGAGGGACCAAGGUGAAUGGGACAAUUUGUCUCCCGAGGCCCGCCGAGAAAAGGAGGCCAGUCUGCAAAUGUUUGGGCAGCUGGCUCGAUUCCACAACAUCAUGUCUAAUGAAACCAUCGGUACCUUGGCCUUUCUAACAUCAGAAAUCAAGUCCCUCUUUGUACACCCCUUCCUGGCUGAACGAAUCAUCUCUAUGCUAAACUACUUCCUACAGCACUUGGUUGGUCCUAAGAUGGGAGCCUUAAAAGUCAAGGACUUCAGCGAGUUUGACUUCAAACCCCAGCAGCUUGUUUCAGACAUCUGCAACAUCUACUUAAACCUUGGUGAUGAGGAGAAUUUCUGUGCCACUGUGCCCAAGGAUGGGCGAUCUUAUUCCCCAAUGCUGUUUGCUCAGACGGUCCGAGUCCUGAAGAAAAUAAACAAGCCUGGAAAUAUGAUUGUGGCUUUCAGCAAUCUGGCAGAGAAGAUCAAGUCACUUGCAGAUCUCCAGCAACAGGAGGAAGAGACCUAUGCAGAUGCCUGUGAUGAGUUUCUAGAUCCCAUCAUGAGCACACUGAUGUCAGACCCCGUGAUGCUGCCAUCUUCCAGAGUCACUGUGGAUAGGUCCACAAUAGCCAGGCAUCUGCUCAGUGAUCAGACUGAUCCCUUUAAUCGUAGCCCCCUAACUAUGGACCAGAUCCGGCCAAACACAGAACUGAAAGAGAAAAUUCAACAGUGGCUCGCUGAGAGGAAAUUACAGAAGGAACAACUUGAGUAAAUACUGUGAAUUUAACAAACCAAAAGCCAACCCCAAGAA